UAUAGUACAUAUAAAUAUUGUGCGAGUGAUGGGUAUAUAGACUGUUUCAUGGAUGCUUCUGCUAAAGAAGAAAGGGCUGAGAAGAAAUGAAAGAAUGGGCACAGAACCCAAAGCUAGAGAUAUGCAGAGGCCUGGGAAUAUAACACGAGAGAGAGAGGGAGCUUCUUUUCAAAAAUUUUGAAGUUUGAGCUCUAAAACCAAAACCCGAGUCAGGGAGAGGGAGACUUAGCAAGGAGAGGUACAUACAUCAAUAACCCACGACACAGUUUUUGAGAUAUUGAGGUGUGGAAUCAUAAAAUGAGUAAUUGGUUGGGGUUUUCUCUGACUCCACACCUGAGAAUCGAUGAAGGAUUUGGUAGAGAUGAAGCAGGAGGUUUCUCUUCUCAUCAUCAUGAUAUCUCUGUCAUGCCUUUGCGCUCUGAUGGAUCUCUUUGUGUUGUUGAUCCUUUUAAACGCUCCUCCAAUGCUUCUCAAGAUUGGAGAUAUGAAAAUUCCAUGGAUACGACUAGUGCAAGUGAGGAGGGGCCAAAGCUUGAGGAUUUCUUAGGUUGCUACUCAAACUCUCCGUCCGACGAGACCAAAGUUUAUUGCCAAGAAGAUCAAAACGAAAGCCAUACAAACAGAAUCAACGUUAAUGUGGCACCGAGCUUCAACGCCAAUGGAGAUAUGGACCCUAGAGAUGACCUCGCAAACCCCCCUCAUUUAAUCCAAUCUUAUCAUCAUUAUAAUGACAACCCACAAACCCUAGUCCCUAGUGACAACAUCCAACACUGUGAUCCAAACCCUAGCGAUAGCCAUAACCACAACCCUAGGCAUAGCCAUAACAGCAUGUAUUGUUUACCGUUCGAGAGUGGUAGUUCAGUUCCUGGAUUCAAGUCUUGGCUAAGUCAAGCACCAUUUUGCAGCUGUACACCUUCGAAUGAACCAAGCAAUUGCAAUUUUCAGCCAUUAUCACUCGCAAUGAGUCCGAGUUCUCAUAAUGGACUAGUUUCAGCUUCUCCAUUGCAAGUGGUUGAUAAUCGUAAAAGACCUGUCAGGAAAUCUGUUGCAAGAGAGCCAGUUCCCCGAAAAUCCAUCGACACUUUCGGACAAAGAACUUCUCAAUAUAGAGGUGUCACGAGGCAUAGAUGGACUGGGAGAUAUGAAGCCCAUUUGUGGGACAAUAGCUGUAGAAAAGAAGGGCAAACAAGGAAAGGAAGGCAAGUUUACCUUGGUGGAUAUGAUAAAGAAGAAAAAGCAGCAAGGGCUUAUGAUUUAGCUGCCUUGAAGUAUUGGGGACCAACCACCCAUAUAAAUUUCCCUUUGAGCACUUAUGAGAAGGAACUUGAAGAGAUGAAGCAUAUGACUAGGCAAGAAUUUGUAGCCAAUUUGAGAAGGAAAAGUAGCGGGUUUUCAAGAGGAGCUUCUGUUUACAGGGGAGUGACAAGGCACCAUCAGCAUGGAAGAUGGCAAGCUAGAAUAGGAAGAGUUGCUGGAAACAAGGACUUGUACCUCGGGACUUUUAGCACACAAGAGGAAGCUGCUGAGGCCUAUGAUAUUGCGGCGAUUAAGUUUAGGGGUACAAGCGCUGUUACUAAUUUUGAUAUAAGUAGAUAUGAUGUGAAGAGAAUUUGCUCAAGCUCGACACUCAUUGCUGGUGACCUUGCAAAACGUUCAGCAAAAGACUUGGCUCAUGUGGCUGUUGAGGAUGAAAAUUCUUGUGCUUCGUCGACAUCUCAACCCCUUCUUGCCAUGACGAGCGGAGAAGCAUCUGAUGAAUUGGCUGAUAUAAUGUGGAGUGCUAGUGCAGAUGAACAUCAACAGCAGGCAGGUGCCAACAACUCUAAUACUGAUAGCAGAAAUUCCUGUAAUCCUGAGAGUCCGAAAUGUUCUGUAGCUUUAUCCGGCGAGUUGAGUCGAGACAACACUGAAGGACUUCAAGGCUCAAAGUAUGAAGAUGGUAAUAGGGGAAGUAACAAUAGAAUUGGUGAUGUGGGAUUGGUUCAUCAAGUCCCUAUGUUUGCAUUGUGGAAUGAGUAGGAAUGUGAAUUAUUUACAUUCGAGAAUUCUCAUAGAGAAGUUUGAAACUGUAGGAAAAAGAGAAUUGGUAGAUAGAAGGGUAGAAUGUGAUAAGGAUUUGAAUGUAAGGAUUUUCAUUGCACUUUAAAAUGGAAUUUCAGUUGCAUACAAUUGAAGUAUUGAACUAGAUUGUCGAGAUUUAGCUGAAUUGAACUGAAAUUAUGGAUUUGUUAUUAUUUUUCAUA